GUUCAUCUCAAGCCAGGUUGGUAAAGGCAUAAUUGAUAAGAAAACCCUUCUACUGGUUGGGUGAAUUGUUUAUUGAAAAACAAUCAUACUCCUGUGUUCAUUUAAUGAACUGUCUAGAAUAACCGGUAGUUAAGUACCAAGAAUAGAGGGAAGAGAGAAUCGUUUGUAAUUUGUACCUUCUUGGGGAAAUGCACGUGAAGACUCCACUGGCAUAACAACCUAAAAAGUAUCACGACAUUUACAGAUCUGAAUUUCAAUUACAAAUUUCACAAUUUAAAGGUCAGUCUUUACGAUUCAAAGAUUCUCUUGUUGUUAGGUUGAAUUGGGGUGUUUUAGGAUCUGGGUUUCUGUUAUUUGCUGCUAUUAUGGUCUAUUGAAAGCAAAACUUUACUGGGUUUUAUUGUAAAUUAUUUCUGGAAUCUUGGAAUUGUGCAUGUCUUGGUAGAAUCAUCUGGGUUUUUUCUAUACAGAUGAUAAAAACUUGGGUAUCAAUCAUAUGCAUGCUUUUAAUGGUGGAAUUUUGAAAAUUUUAUAAGAUUUUGCAUUUUUCUUGGGUGUGAACCUUGGAAUUUGUAAGUGUUUUUGGUAGAACCAUCUGGGUUUAUGUUAUACAGAUGAGAAAAAACUUGGGGAUUAAUCAUAUUUAUGCUUUUAAGGAAAGGAUUUUGAAAUAUUGCAUUAGGUUUUGAUUUUUCUUUGGCAUGAACCUUGGAAAUUGUCAAUCUUCUUGGUAGAAUCAUCUGGGUUUUUGUUGUAUAGAUGAGAACAAUUUUGGAAUUGAUCAUAAGUGAGAAAUUUUGCAGAUUUUUAUUAGGUUUUAUUUCUUCUUGGGUACCUUGAAACUUAAACUUGUAACACCUAGAUUGACUCAUGAGUUUGUGGAAUUAUAAGUUUUGGAAAUCAUCUCAGUUCACUUUUAGUUCCUUGGUUUGUAAGUGUCUUGCCCUUGUUGUUGCUGCAUUGGUGUUGAGAGCUGUUCUUUUUCGGUCGUUUCUAGGGUUUGAUGUGAACGGAAAACCGAUAGGGAGUGAUAAUCUUGCUCGCGUACUAGAUAAGAAUGUAGAUUAUGGGAUUCGUCGAGACAAGUUUUUGGAGGUUCCACAGAUUGUUUGGGGGUUAAACAAUCAGAAAAUAGCAUUUGCAAGGGCAUGUCUCACUGCCCGAAUGCUGAAUCGGACCCUUUUGAUGCCGAGCCUAAGUGCUUCUUUGUUUUACAAGGAAAUUGAUCAGUUGCAGCCUAUUUCUUUCGAUAAGGUGUUCCAAUUCAGGAAAUUUAAUUCGAUCUGCAAUGGGUUCGUUCGAUUAGGUCAAUACUCCGAACUUUUGAAUCAAACAGAAGUUCUUGAGAUGCAGAAAGGGAGUGGAAGAAAGUGGACAUUAGCGAGAGACUUAGAUCAGUUAAAGGAAUUCAGCACCAACCAAUACGAUCAGUACGAAGUCAUACGAAUAGUAGGAAAGCAUCCUUUUCUCUGGCACGAUCAUUGGCCAAUCAAGGACUACGCUAAGAUUUUCGAGGGCUUAGUUUUAGUUGACGAGUUUGCAAAAGAAGCAGAACGAGUUAUUUCUAAGAUUAGAGCUGUAGGGAGAGAAUUUUCCGAUAAUCAAGUGCUGGCGAAGAAGGGUGAGGUUGAUAACGAGGAUAGCACUAAAUUUUCGUCUAUACCUUACAUGGCGGUUCAUAUGAGGAUCGAGAAAGAUUGGAUGAUUCAUUGCAAGAAGCUUGAACAAAGAUCCAACAUAAAUGAAAUUUGUAGCAGCAAGGAAGAAAUUAUCCAACGAGUAGCGAACAUUAAGGCGGUGAAUAACCCGACAGUUGUUUACCUAGCUGUUGCCGAUAGUCUAUUGGAAGAUAACACGAUAUUGAGUGGUUGGAAAGAUGGGUUGCUUCCUUUCGAGAAAAAGAAACUAGGAGUUAGUCAUAUCUAUGACAAAUACCCGUAUCUUAUAAAGUCUGCUAUUGAUUAUGAAGUAUGCUUAAGAGCUGAUGUCUUUGUGGGAAACAGUUUUUCUACGUUCUCUAGUCUCAUAGUACUUGAACGGACACAAAAGACGAUCAGUAUGGGCGUUCCAAGUUCUUGUAAUAACAAUGUAGGGUGGCCUUCGUAUGCGUACAAUGUAAUGGGAGACUUGGACGGUCCUAAAAAGUGGUUUACAAAUAUGUCGGACACAAGCCUCCAAGCGGUUAGCUAUGGUUCAAAUCGUGUCUCAUGCUGAAUGUCCUGUCGCGUGAUUCUGCAGUACAGUUUUUGGGAUUCUGUGCAUAACAUUUGCCUUAUGUCUGUCGUACGUUAUUGAAAUUCUCGUGUUUGAUUCAAAUCGAAAGGAACAGCUCGAUGAUCGAGGGAAAUCGAUCAGUUGUAGUGACUUAUAUUUGAGCAAACUUUUGGGACUUGCUCUUGCAGAAUGCUCAUAUCAGCUUAAGGUAAUUUAGAGGUUGUUUUUUAGGAUUUGAUACUUUGUUUCCUUAUUUUACAUUUAGUGAUGCUUUUUUAUCCUUAAAUUUCAAUUCUUUAUCUGAAGAUAUAUGUAGAACUUGAGAAAUUUCCUCUGUAUAUCCUUUAUACUUCACUUAUACUAGCAUGCUGCUGUGAGAUUGUAGUGAAAAACAAGGCUGCAUUGCAUCAGUCAUGUUAUAAAGGUUUCAAUAAAACUGAAUUGAUAUAUCCUGCGUUGAAGGCGUAAUAAAAUGCGUUUUAGACUGUUUUGAGGAAUAUCUCAUGCUUACUUCCACACAAAAACUUGAUGUGUUUUCUUUCCAUAACCAUAUGCCAUUGGGAGGAGUAGCUCACCAAGCGUAUAUGCUAGUCAACAUCUCACUAAAUACUGAUAUUAAAUCAUAUUUGGGCAUUUUCUCAAUACUUCCCAAUAUUUGGGCAUUUUCUCAAUCCAUUAUAUGUGAGCCUACCAUUAUUUAUGAAUCUGCGAGGGCCCCCCAAACGACUCUUGUGGAUAAGCUCACAACCACCAAUGGAUUCGUGGGUUUAAGCGUGUGUAAGAGGAAAGUUAACUACACAUAUUUGAUUAGUUCCUCCCCAAAAUCUCAUAAUAGUAGGAAGAUUAGUCUUUCAAACAUAUAUGCUAGUUAACAUCUCAUAAUAUAUACUCCCUCUUAUUCAGCUUAGGUGUCCCAUUUACUUUUGAGACACUGUUCAUUUAUCACUCUUAAAUUACAUUUUAUUAUUAAUCUAUAAGUUAAAACAUAGUCAUGUGGGAUCUUAUUUG